GCCCGUAGCGGCCGGUGCAUCGCCGUCAGCCUUCGGCGGGCGGGGUGGGGGGAUGAGCCCUUAGGGACUGGUGCAUUCCUGUCACCCCAUGGGGUUGCUGUCACGCCAUAGGAACUCGUGCAUCAGUGUCACCGCUAUAGGGUUGCUCACCCCGGAGGAGCUGGUGCACUGAUGUCACCCCUGGAGGGUUGGUGUCACGCCAUAGGGUUGUCGUCCCAGAGAGUUGCUCACUCCAGAGGGACCGGUGCAUUGUUAUCACCCCAUAGGGUUGCUGUCAUCCCAUAGGGAUGCUUAUGCUAUAGAGAUUGGUGCAUUGCUGUCACUCUUGGAGGAUUGCUGUCACCCUGUAGGGUUGUUGUUACCCCAUAGGGUUGCUCACUCCAGAGGGCCUGGUGCAUUGCUGUCACCCCAUUAGGUUGGCGGUCAUCCCGUAGGAAUGCUCAUCCUAUAGGGGCUGGUACUUCAUUGUCACCCCAUACGGUUGCUGUUACCCUAUAGGGACUGGGGCAUCAGUGUCCCUGCAGGGGGUUGCUGUCACCCCGUAAGGAUGCUCGUCCUAUAGGGACUGGUGCGUUGCUGUCACCCCCAUGUGAUUGCUGUCACACCAUAGGGUUUCUCCCCCUUAGGGAUGGGUGCACUGCUGUCACCCCAUAGGGCUGCUGCUCCCAUUAAGUCCUUGUAGUCACUGAUGCAGUACAGCCACUUUUGGGGUGCUCACCCCAUUGGGGUUGGUGCAUUUAAAGCUCUCUGUAGGGGCACUGGCCCCACAGGUGGGUGCAGCAGGGACACCCUGCAUUGGGAUGUGCACCCCUCGGGGCCGGGGCAAGUGCCCAGUGGGGUCAGCACAGCAAGGUCCCCCCUGGGGCUGGUGCCCUUGGGCCACCCCAUAAUAGUUUGCCUGUAUUUGAGCCUUUCAGCAAAGGAUUUAGCCGGGGGCCCUGGGGACAGCUGGUGACUUUAGGAGACAGAUGUGCCAUCCUGCCAGAUGUGCUGUCACUGCCAUCGCUUUCCCUGGCCUGUGCAGCAGGGAAAUCUUUGGAUCUGCCUGUCUGGAAGUGCAGCUUCCUGACAGUGUCAGACUCUGAAUUUUUGUGUUUGGCACUGCUGAUCCCACAGCUGGGACAAAGUUCUCCUGUUUGGUCCUGCUGUGCUUUUACUGGUUUCAUCUGGUCUUGCUUAAAAAAUACUGUGGUUCUGCGUGUGUGGUUUGGGGAUAGGAGGGCUUGGAUUUUCUUGGGAAUGUGUUGGUAAUUUUUUUGGCAUGGAACAAGCAUCCAGGACACUUGUCAUCCCAGAGCAAUGUUCAGUGGCUCUGUUCAGUGGCUCCUGGCCAUCAGUGGUUUCAAGUCCAAGCUGUGCAUGAAAUUCCUUCUCAAUAAACGGCCUUUUAAUGAAUGCAUGUAUUUUACAGGCUCAGGAUGUGUGGAGAGAGACACUGGCCAGGCUGGAUGUAUCAAUUAAUAUGUCAUGAUUGAUAUAUUUACAGUUGUUACCAUUUUGUCUUUUAUUAUAAUUUUUGCCCUUUUUUUGUCUUUGGAAAGCACCCUGUGCUCUGAGCUGUUCAUGCUGCACAAAGCCUCAGGAACCUGGUUUUUAAUUGUGCUUGAGCCUAGAUUUUCCCUCUGGGAUGCAACCAUUAGCAGCCUUUGCAGAGAGGGAUGCAGGUUCUCCUGAUGAUGUGAUGGAUGAAUGCUGGGAUUCACUUUCUGUUUGAUGUGGAUUAUCCCAGUAGUCAGAGCGAGCAACCAAACAGCACAUGGGUUCACCCCACUCUCCGUAGGUUAUUGAGGUUGUUUUAUCCCAUUUUGGAAGCAGGAAGGGGGUUGGUCCUUGCUUAAUUUCCAGAGGCAUCCUGGUUCUUUAUGCACCCCUCCUCUGCCAGUAACUUUGGCCAGAGAUAUUGAGGACACCAACUGGGGCUGUGCCACAAACAGGGGUGCAAGCGGAGAGAGGCCCCAGGAGUGGGGUCUGGGUGCUUUAACAGGCUCCCAGCAGCCCAUGUUAGAGGGAAUUCUGUUGGAGGGAAUCUCUCAGGACAGUGUCUCCCGACCAUCCCUUUGACCUCACUCCUUGUCUCUCCGUAUUUAUUUAUUUUUUGGAAAUUUCUUCUAGAUCUGCUGCCUGGCUUCCAUGCGUUUACUGGCACUGUGCAGAGACAGGCUCAUCCCUGCUGUCCCCUUGUGCCUGUCCCAGCCAGCAUUGUGUCCCAUCACAUUGUGUCAGGACUUUUUUUGGCAUUAUUCCCCUGGUUUCUCAUGGCUUGAGCAUGGAAUGCUCCAGCUGGAGUCUCUGCAAUGUCUGUGCGUGGCUCUGCUCGAGGUGCUUGAUUUGCCUGUGCCUGAGCAUGGAGCUCAAACUUGUGCCACUGAAAAACCUGAGACUACUUGUGUGGGUAAAGAGCUGCUUAAGGAUUUGCUGUAUCUGCUUUCAGGCAGGGAGCCUAGUAUUUUAUUUUAUUUUUUAAGCUAUCUGUAUUUUUAAUUGUUCCUGAAGUUUGCAGUGAUCUGAAAGUGUCAGAGGCAGUCGGUAUUUCCACUGCCAGCUUGCUCGUGUUGCUUAGUGUUAGAAUAAAGAAAUGAAUGAGAGAAUAACAGGGGGAGAAUGAAUUAUACGUCAGAAACAUUCACAGAUGUUAAAACAGCUUAAAAAGGGAUCAAAUAAAGUUAAAAAAAGAGAAACCAGCCAAAUGUUCCCUGUGAUGUUUCAAACAUCAGCUCUGAAUGUUGCUGGGGAUAAAUCAGAGUUCAGGCAGCAUUGGGCCUGUUGCCUGAACACCUUUGUGAGGGAGUCAGGUUGGGCAGUCAGAAACUUGUUUACAUCAGGAGUCAUAGAAUAUUCUGAGUUAAAAGGGACCCACAAGGAUCACUGAGUCCAACUCCUGGCCCUGUGGAGUUGGAGGGAAUGAACUCUUCAGUUGGAGCCAGUGUCUGAAGAUGUCACAGGGGAGCUGAUCACAGCCGCAUAUGAGCUUGGAGCUUUCUGGCUCGCAUGCUGGAGGAAUCCUUGCUGCGGGGGUGUUUUCAUUUUCUCGUCUAACAUGGCAGUGGUCCAUCACGGCGGAGGUUUUCAGCCUAAACAAUCUGUUUGUGGGGCUGCUGAUGGCUCUCACUGCUCAUUUUGAGGAGGCAUCCACUGCAAAAGAGAGAUCAAAGAUCUCUAAAUUGGGAGCUUUUUGCUGUGGGCUCAGUCUGUGCAAUCAGCACACGAUAGUGCUUUAUGUUGCCUGUGUUGUCCCCUGGGUUCUCUCACGGCUUUUCAGAAAGAGGGAAUUGUCCCCAGGCCAUUUGCUGAAGUUGGGUUUAUGCUUCUUGGCUGGUUUGCUGCCUUAUCUCUAUCUGCCGGCUUCGUCCUACCUCAAUCGAGCCCGCUGGACAUGGGGAGACCAGACGACUUUUCAAGGAUUUUUGACCCACUUUCUGAGGGAAGAAUAUGGGACAUUCAAUCUGGCCAAGUCUGAGACAGGAUCCAGUAUGAGAGAGAUGCUGCUUUUCCAGCUGGCACAGAUGAAGUCAGAGCUCUCCCUUCCUGUCCUUGCCCUGGCACUCGUGGCCUGUGUGAGCACAGCACUGCCGUCAAAGCAGCAGAAAUCAGCUGUGAUCUGGCUCUUCACUGGAAUGCUCUGCCUUUAUUCCCUUUUCUUUGCUUGGAGAGCAAAUUUGGAUGUUACAAAGCCUUUGUUUCUAGGCGUGGUGGAGCGGUUCUGGCUGCAGAGCAGUGCUGUGGUGGCCGUGCUGGCAGGGCUGGGGCUGGCCACACUGGCCAACUUUGGAAGGAGCACUGUGCUGGAGGGCACCCGGCUGCUGCCCUGGCUGGAGUGGCUUCCUGCUCUUGCCCUCGUUGCUUCUCAACUUUGGGCAAAUUACAGCACCUGUGAUCAGAGCAACAACUAUGUUGUUGAUAAGUUUGCAAGGAACCUGCUGUCCUCUAUGCCAACGGGGGCAGUGAUCCUGCUGAGAGGAGACUUGCCUGGGAAUGCUCUUCGUUACCUUCAUUAUUGUGAGGGGAUGAGGCCAGAUAUCACCUUAGUGGACCAGGAGAUGAUGACUUAUGAAUGGUAUUUACCCAAGCUGGCCAAGCAUUUACCUGGCGUUUAUUUUCCCGGGAACCGGUGGAAUCCUGUGGAAGGAGUAUUACCCGACGGGACACUUGCCUUUAAUCUCCAUCGUUUCCUCAAAGUAAAUAAACAUAAGGAAGUGUUUGUCUGCAUAGGUCUUCAUGAAGGGGACUCGACCUGGAGAAGGAGCCACUCGCUCUGGCCCUGGGGUACAUGUGAAAAGUUGGUUCCUUCUGGAGCUGUGUUUGACCCAGGAGAGUGGAUUCAUCUCACAAGGAACCUCUAUAACUGGACUGAAGACUAUGGCAGUUUCAGUCCCUCUUCCUGGGAAGCUGUCGCCAACGAGGAGAUGUGGCAAGCCAGGAUGAAAACAGCUUUCUUCAUCUUUGACCUUGCAGAAACAGCCAGUGUGACUGCAGAAAUGAAAUCACAACUUUACACAUUUGCGUACACUUCAUACAAAGAAAUUGUCAACUCCCAUCCCAAUCACCCGGUGAACUGGCACAAAAACUACGCCAUUGCCUGCGAGAGGAUGCUGCGCCUGCGCCGGGGGGACGUGGAUCCUGAAACGCUGCUCUCCGAAACCGUGAAACAUUUCCUGCUCUACACAGAGAAAGCAGAGGAUGAUCCCCAGCGCCAGGACAUCCUGCAGGCUGUGCAGCACCUCAGGGAAGAGCUGCAGGGGCUGAGGAGAAGGAAGGCGGAGCUGAGGCGGGGAGCUGGGUAGCACCCGGUGCUGCUGAAAUGUUGAAGUGGAGGCUUAAAAUCUGAGUUAGUCCUUGGCAAUGUGAGAAUGGUUUUAAAAGGUGACAGAAAUGGCAGCAGAGAGGAAAUCAAGUGUGAUUGUCUCUGCAGGGACGUAGUGGUGUUUGGUCUUUGAUUGCUGUUGUCAAAUGAACUUUUUUGGGGGGAGAAGCUCAUCACUAAAUAAAAUAGUGGGUUUCAAAAAAGAGUUUUCUUUUGCAAGAAAACUAUGAGCUUGUUGUAAUGUGAAUAUCUUUUUUUUUUUAUAUGAAUGUAGCAUCCAUUCUAGAUGUUAAAAUGUCUUUAGCAUUUAGUUGUUUCCUCUGUUGCUGAGCCAAGAGGUUUCCUAAGGCCAUUUUUCAUUA